CGCUAACGAAGCCCCCACUUCCACGAAUUAGGACGUACCCUCUCCCAUAUGAGGAGUUAUUAGGCUAGCGCACCUUCUAGGCGCAAUGGAGUCACCGACCCAGGGAAUGAGCCUUCCGGAUCACCCAAGGACCCCCGUCCUGCGCCCAACAUGUCAGCACCCGACGAGCAGUCUCUGCUUCCCGAAUGCUACCUCACUCUCCAAGGGCUCAGAGGAAGAAGCUAUGAAGUGGUGGUUGAGAUCUUUUGUGGCAAAUCACGCGAAGUUGCGGCCGUUUAGUGGUUCUGCGGGGUUUAGUACAAAAGGGCUUCAGCUUGACGGGGUUAAGAAUAUUGUUGCCAUUGCUUCUGGUAAAGGUGGUGUGGGCAAGUCCACCACUGCAGUUAAUUUGGCUGUUGCACUUGCAAAGAAGUGUCAGCUGAAGGUGGGUGUGCUUGAUGCUGAUGUCUAUGGACCAUCUGUCCCUACAAUGAUGAAUCUCCAUGGGGAGCCAGAAGUUACUGAAGAUCGAAAGAUAGUUCCAUUUCAAAAUUAUGGAGUCAAAUGUAUGUCAAUUGGAUUUCUUGUACCGAAGGACAGCCCCCUUGUGUGGAGAGGUCCUAUGGUCGCGAGUGCUCUUGAAAAACUGUCUAGGGGAGUUGAUUGGGGGAACCUUGAUAUUCUCGUGGUGGAUAUGCCUCCUGGCACUGGUGAUACUCAGAUAACUAUUUCCCAGAGGCUGCAAUUAACAGGUGUUUUGAUUGUUACUACUCCUCAAGAUGUUGCGUUAAUUGAUGCACGACGAGGAGUGACCAUGUUUUCUAAAGUUGAAGUUCCUAUUUUGGGAAUCAUAGAGAACAUGAGCUGCUUCAAAUGCCCAAAUUGUGGUCAUCCUUCAUACAUUUUUGGGAAUGGAGGAGCUCGUAAGACAGCUGAUGAGAUGUGUUUAGACUAUCUUGGUGAGAUCCCAUUGGAGGUAGAUAUCGUAAAAGCGUCUGAUGAAGGGGUCCCUCUGGUUGUAUCCGCGCCUGAUUCUACAGUCACCAAGGGGUACAAUGAUCUGGCUCAAAAACUCGUCGACAAAAUUGGUAAGCUGGCAAACGAACAACUCCGGCCAGAGAUUUCACUGUGAAACUGCAUGGCAGUAUCAGAACUUGUUCCAUUUCACAGGAGUAGUUGGUUUUUUAUUCUGUGAUUUCUCUAGGGACCAUGACAUCAACUCCUUGAUUUUGUAAUUUUUUACGAUAAUAAGAGAGUUCCAAUUGUAGCUCA